AUGCUCAGCAAGCAGAACAACGAGAGCUACAAGCCAUGGAAAAACCAAUACGCUCCCCAAAACCCCCAUUCGCCCUUCGGCGACUUCCCCAAGGAGUACAUCCCCAAGGAGAAACUGAAGGACCAGAAACACGAGCCAGUGCACGAACUGACGCUGUCCGGCUCCCUCGCCAAGCACUCCAAGUCCCAAGGCAUCGGCGGACGCAUCUCCAGCACCCUCGAGAAGAAGGCGCCCUUCCAAAAACCAGUCCCCAAGUCAGGAGCUUUCGAGAAAAGGGAAGUCCCUGCCUCUGAGUUCAGGCGCUACUAUGACCGAGGAGACCUUCCCAUCCGCGUCGACCACCAGAACUCUCUUCCCAAGCUGGUCUGGAAGGUGUCGGUUGAAUCGCUGGACUACCACCACUACUUGCCGAUCUUCUUCGACGGUGCGAGGGAGAAAUUCGACCCCUACCGUUCAUUUGCGAUCCUGGGCACAUACGACCUGCUGGACAAGGGCGGAAACAAGAUCCUGCCGGUGAUUCCGCAGCUGAUCAUCCCCAUCAAGAGUAUCUGUGGUGACUUAGCCGCCCUCAACACGCGCGACCCCUAGAUAAUCGCCACCAUGCUCAAGGUCAUCCAGAAGCUCGUAUUAUCGGGAUAGAUGAUCGGGUAGGCGUUGGUGCCUUACUACCGCCAGAUCCUGCCCAUUUUCAACAUCUUCCGGAACAACAACACGAGCAUCGGCGACAAGAUCGAAUACAGUCAGCGCAAGCGUCUGAACCUGGGGGACCUGAUCGGCGAGACCUUGUAGUUAUUGGAGCAGACGGGAGGAGAGGACGCCUUCAUCAAUAUCAAGUAUAUGAUCCCCACCUACGAGAGCUGCGUGCUCAACUGA